CCCUCUCUCCCUCCCACACCACCUGCCCUUCAGCGCUACAGAUCAGCCGUGGUACGAGACAGUGCAGCUGCAAUCCUGUCCUCUUUGUUAUACUACAGAAACAGCACCCUUCCCUGAAGCUCGAUUUUCCAGUCUCUCUCCCUCCAUCCUCGUCACACGCCUGUUGGUUCUUUAUCUCCACGCGUGGCUGGACGGGGUGUUUGUGCCAGCCGCUGCUGCAGCUCAGAUGGGAGGGGGGAGUGCUGGUGGUGGAGCUGCGUGGCAGGUCUGCCUGGGGGCAGUAUGCUGAACGGCAGCCGGGAGGGCCUGUUCGAGCAGGGCAGGAGGCUCCAGCAGCAGGGCGACUCCCGCGCUGCUCUGCACUGCUUCCUCAGCUGCCUGCUGGGACUCACCCAUGUGCAGAGCUUCCAUUCUCUGCCCAACUGUCUGCAUCAGAUUGCCGAACUCUUCAUUGAUGAGAAGAACUAUGAGAAGGCACUGCAGUUCAUUCAGGCCGAGAAGCUGUUCUAUGAAGUGGCGUUGAUCGAGCUCAAUGCCCUGCAGGGUGCCACAGUGAGCUCUGAGGAGGACUGCUCACUCAGUUCUCCAGGAUGGCUCUCUCAGGAGGACUUAUCAAAGCAGGCCUCACAAGCCCAGGAUCUUGAGAAACUGGCCCAGCUUUGCAUCAUGAGAAAAAGACCGCAUCUUGCUUUAGAGUACAGUGGUAAGGCCACUAAAAUCCAUCAGCGUGCAUUUGGUAAUGAUCACCCCAUCACAGCCAGGAGUCUGGAGCUACUGGCCACGGUCUAUGCUGAGAUAGGCAAAACAGAAUAUUCAGACUCAUUGGGUCACUGUGUGUCAGCUCUGUCAAAGAGAUUCUCUGCCACUGAGUCAUGCAGCAGUACUUUAAACAGCUCCACCCACCACCACAAGGACCGACAUACUGAGGUCUGGCUGAGAAAAGACCCACACCCUCCACCAGACACUCCAGAACCACAGGUCAACAGUAAAUUCCCUACCUCCAUCCUGAAAAGAACCAGUGUAGGUGGCACCGAGCCAGACUCCACCUACCGGAGAAAACCAGAGAGGCGCGUUCGUUUCAGAGAGCCGGAGAUCGUUGUACACGCGUACGACUCGUCCCAAAGCCGGCCUCACCUGGCCGUGCUUACCUGUCUCUUCCUUCUGCUGUCUGCUCUGGGUGUGGCCUUGUACUGCACCGACCGCCGCCGGCCCCACCGUGCCUGUGAGGACCUGCAGGCUGCGCUGGCUGUCUACCUUCUCCAGCUCAAACAAAUCCUCUGGGGCUGCUGGAUCUGGCUCACCAUGCAGUAGCCUUGGCUGGCCACUAGGGGCUUCAGCCUGCUCAACCUGUGCUCUAUGUAAGAGAUGGCAUCUGAUGGUGAAGAAGUUACUCAAGACCUGAGAUUCAUAGGGACAUGGGAGAAAAUGGUACUGUCUGUGCUUUUAAUGAAAGUAUAAUGGGCAAUGAGUGUUGCUUAAUAGUGAAUGCAUAAAGGGUAAUAGGUUAUUGUGAAUGGGUGAGCAUGUUCUAAAACACAUUUUCCAUCUACAUUUGUUGAUUCCCUCUAGGUACUCAGAAACAUGCGUCAUCUCAACUGUGAUUUAAAUGAAUAGUUCAGUAAAAAAUCAAAUGUGAACAAUUUUUUAGCCCAAAUGUAGUCAGUCAGCUAAGACAAGGCAAUACACUAAAUGGUGGUGAUGUGCUUCUUUUACUUGUUAGCUUCGUUAGCCUUGUAAUUCCUGUGCAACAGUAAAAAUAAACAAAUCGACUACAUUUGGGGUAUGUGGAAAAUUGUAUCAAUUAGAUUUUUUCAAUUAUGUACAAGUUCUUUAGGUUGAAAUCAAAACAUCAUGUUAAUUGUAUGACCCACUUAACCUUCCUAAAUAUCUCAGUCAUUUUAUAACCUGUGGUUUUUUAUUUUAAUAUACAAUCUCUAGUUGCUUAAAUAGAAUCCAAGUUAUUUAUUUUACUUUUAAUAAAAUAUACUUUGAAAUAUAUUGUACAUGAAACAUGCACAUGUACACGUACAUGAAAACGUUAACAACUGUCACCAACGUAAGCCAUGUUAAUGUGCAAAUUAUAUGUAUCCGAAUGUACUUGUAAUUAUGAAUGUGACAUGAAAAGGUACAUUAACUAAACCGACACACUAUUUCAAAUGAAGCACUAUGAAAUUAAAGUUAAGCACAAAUGCACCUAUCUUCUUUAAUUACUCAAAAGUCAUGACUGAUUCAUACUGAAGAUGGCCAUAUUUUAUUUUGUGCAAAGCCUGAUUCUGUCUAUAUGGAAAAAUGGCAAAGCCAUAUUUAGUCUAUGAAAAUCCAAAUGACACAAUGGUUUGAAUUAUUUUAAUAUUCCUGUCAGUUGGGUUCAUUUUACAAGAGCCAACUGUAACAGCUUGGCUUUAGUGUAACUUUGGUCAAUUUAUUUAUUUUACUAUUUUUAUAAUAUUUUUUCUACCUGUCCUUUUUUUCUACAAUGAAUAUACUUUGGGUUUGUUUGUUUGUUUGUUUGUUUACAGUUUUGAAAUUUAGUAUUCAAUAUGUAAUUGGUUCCACGUGUAAUUAUUGAUCUAAGUUACCAGUGGUGAGGGGUUUUAAUUAUAGUACUUUUUAGCCUUGUUUUGUGUUAGCUUUUCAAACAUUUCUCAAAAUUUCAAGCCAAGAACAUUUCCUUCACUUAUCCUUAACGUGUGUUAACAUUUUUACCAGUGGUAUAGGUUUAAUUUCAAACCAUAUGAGCUGUCUUUGUUAAAUAAAACUCACAUACCAUUUUAUGACAUUUACUGCCAGAAAAAAAAGUAGAAGAAAAAACACCCUUUCUGUGAAUAUUACAUGAAGCAAUUUGAUUUUCAUGACCUUUUCAAGCUAGAGAACAACUACAUGUAAAAUAAAUACUUCACCUGAACUAAUUAAGAUUGAUUAAUGAGUGAGUAUUGGUUUCACCAUGUUGACUGGUCCUUUUUAUUAAUUUUCAAUCCAGUUAUACUGUUUGGCUAUAUGAACUGUCUUUGAAAGUAUCCUCUUGCACUCUAAUUAAGCAAAAACUGUUGGUAUAGCAACAUAAUAUUAGCAUAUUAUUAGCUUUUGAGGGAAACUGGAAAAACUGGUCGAAUUCCCUUUAAAGUAACUUCACUAGAAAUUAAUGUUGGACUAUUUAUUCAGCUAUUUAUAGCAAGCACAUUUUGUUAAAGUUCUGGGGCUUCACACCCCCCACCUUGACAACCCUUUAGGAUAUAAUGUAAAAGGCGCAAAAUUUAUAUAUUGUAAUAUGUAACAAAACACUGUGACACAUUUGGGUGAAAUAAUUGUUUGUUUAGCUCAUAUAAAAUGUCUCAAUAAAGCUAUCUUUAUAACAAAAAAUGCAUCAAGUAUAUAGAUGUAAUUAUGUGUAUACUUUGAGCAAUAUACAACUCACUUGUCCAUUGCAUAGCACAGUUUAAUGCGAAAUGUACAGUGUAAACUAAUAAUGAACUUAUGAGAAAAAGAAAAUGAGAAAAAAAAUUUACUUAAAUUUUGAAUCUUCAAAGCAAUAUAAAGUAAAGCUUAACAUAUGAAUUAAUUGUAGGUAGUCUGGUGGCUUCUCAACUUAGUGAACUUAAAUAAAUCUAAACUUACAAACCUAUAACUCAGUAAAGGACCAUCAAAAAGGAUACAUAAACUCAUUUUGACUGAGCACAUGUUCUAAGUUUGAUUUUACUUGGUUUUACUUUGGUUUAUUUUAACUCAACAGUCAUUACAGAAACUAUAUGUGGACACGUUCAUUAGAAGUGCCUUUUUAAGGUUCUCUCUUUCUUUUUCUUUAUUCUUUACAUUGAAGUCAUCAUCAAAAGUCAUUACAAACCAAAGAGACAAAGAACUUUGGCAGUUUUCUUUGCCUUCGUGUUUCAUUGGUUUAAAAUAUAAUAUGCAUAUACCCUGAUGGAAAACAAAACCUGUGAAAGUGACCCUUCAACAGUUUACUUAUGAGCAAGUAUUAAUGUCACUCAACAUAUUAAAUAACUUAAAAAUAUGAAUAUCAAGAUCUUAUUUCAGAAUAUUAAUUCAUUAUUCACAAUUCGUUAAUAAAAUACUUUGGUUAUCUAGAUAAUCUGUUCAUUUCUCUCUUAUGAAGCUGUGGAUAUCUAGAUAACCCAUGCAUUUCUCUCCUUUGCUUUCUAUGGCUUUGUGCCUUGUAAUUUCACUGCACUAGCCAGUUGAAACACACUGUGUUUAUAGGUGAACCCAUAUGGGCUGACACUUGUGUCCUACAGUGUCCUAAGACUGUAUUUCAAUUUAAAAUGUUAGUAAACUAUUAAUUAUGGUUGCCCAAAAGAGAAAUAUACAUUAAAGUUCAGAUAUGGCACUCUCUUGCCAUAAUUUCGGUUUUCCUCAGUUGCUGCCUGAUUCUGCUCUUUAAAUUUAGCACAGCUUGCAUAAUAAUUACAUGAUAAGAUUAGAAAACUGAGUAAACUGCAAACUAUAAAAAAUAAAGAGAAAAAUGAGACACAGUGUAACAUAUGGAUUGUGUUUUAUACAUGAUAUAGAUAAAUGUUCAUAUGGUUAUGUUGCAAAUAUACACUCAAAUCAUUAUACAUGCAUUUACUAAAUGAAUAAACACAUGAAAAAAAAAA